AUGGCGAGCGUGGUGGUGAAGACGAUCUGGCAGUCCAAAGAGAUCCAUGAGGCCGGAGACCCCCCUGCAGGGGUCGAGAGCCGCUCCCAGCUCGUCCCUGAGGCUCCUGGGGGGGUGACCAUCCCAGCCAAGGGGAUCACGAAGAAAAAGAAGGCCGUGUCGUUCCACGGGGUGGAGCCCCGGACGUCCCACGAGCCAAUGCACUGGUGCCUGAACCUCAAACGGUCCUCGGCCUGCACCAAUGUGUCACUGCUCAACCUGGCCGCCAUGGAGCCCACUGACUCCUCCGGGACAGACUCAACCACAGAAGACAGCAGUGGCCCACUUGCACUGCCCGGGCCCCCCGCCUCCCCCACCCAACCCUGGGUUCCUGAUGACCCAGACAUCACAGAAAUACUGAAUGGAGUCAACAGUGGAUUGGUCCGCGCCAAAGACUCCAUCACUAGCUUGAAGGAAAAGACCACCCGGGUUAACCAGCAUGUGCAAACCCUGCAGAGUGAGUGUUCCGUGCUGAGUGAGAAUCUAGAGAGAAGGCGUCAAGAGGCUGAAGAACUGGAGGGGUACUGUAGUCAACUCAAGGGCUCCUGCCCUGGUAUCCUGACCCAGGAGAACUGCCGGAAGGUGACCCGGUCGGUGGAAGAUGCUGAAAUCAAAACCAACGUCUUGAAGCAGAACUCUGCCCUGCUGGAGGAAAAGCUGCGCUACCUGCAACAGCAACUGCAGGAUGAGACGCCUCGGAGGCAGGAGGCCGAGCUGCAGGAGCUAGAGCAGAAGCUGGAGGCCGGUCUCUCCCGGCACGGCCUGGGCCCUUCUACCCAGCCCCAGGGCUGCUCGGGCCCUCCUGGGAGCCCGGACGAACCCCCGCGGCCGCGCAGUCUGGCCCCCGGCGGCUGGGGAAUGGGCCCCCGGGCAGGAGAGGGCCCUUACGUGAGCGAGCAGGAGUUGCAGAAGGUAUCAACAGGCCUGGAAGAGCUGAGGAGAGAGGUGUCCUCGCUGACCGCCCGGUGGCAUCAAGAGGAGGGGGCGGUGCAGGAGGCCUUGAGGCUGCUCGGGGGCCUGGGUGGCAGGCUCGACGGCUUCCUGGGUCAGUGGGAGCGAGCGCAGCGCGAGCAAGCGCAGACGGCACGGGGCUUGCAGGAGCUGAGAGGUCGGGCGGACGAGCUCUGCACCAUGGUGGAGCGGUCAGCAGUGUCUGUGGCUUCACUGCGGAGUGAACUGGAGGGGCUGGGCCCAGUGAAACCGAUUUUGGAAGAGCUGGGGCGGCAAUUUCAGAAUUCUCGAAGGGGGUCUGAUCUCUCCAUGAACCUGGAUCGGUCCUCCCAAGGCUCCUGUACCCGUUGUGCUAGCCAGGGGCAGCAGUUGUCCACGGAGUCCCUGCAGCAGCUGCUGGAGCGAGCACUGACCCCGCUAGUGGAUGAGGUGAAGCAGAGAGGCCUGGCUCCUGCCUGCCCCAGCUGCCAAAGGCUACACAAGAAGAUUCUGGAGCUGGAGCGCCAGGCCUUGGCCAAACAUGUCAGGGCAGAGGCCCUGAGCUCCACCCUUCGGCUGGCCCAAGACGAGGCUCUGCGGGCCAAGAACCUGCUACUGACGGACAAGAUGAAGCCGGAGGAGAAGGUGGCCGCUCUGGACUAUCUACACUUGAAGAUGUGCUCCCUCCACGACCAACUCAGCAACCUGCCUCUUGAGGGGUCCGCAGGGACAAUGGGGGGAGGUAGUGGUGGGGGAACUCCCCCAAAACGUGGGGGCCCAGCCCCUGAACAAUAAAUGGCCCCUCAUGCUGGCA